AUGCCACCUGCCAGUGCCCAUCAGUGCCACAUCAAUGCCACAUAUCAGUGGCCAUCUGAUCUGCCUUUCAGUGUCACUCAUCAGUUCCAGUCAGUGCCACCUAUCAAUGCCAGUCAGUGCCACCUAUCAGUGCCAGUCAGUGCCACCUAUCAGUGUGCAUCAGUGCCGCCUAUCAGUGCCCAUCAUGCCACCUAACAGUGCCAGUCAGUGCCGUCUAUCAGUGCCGCCUAUCAGUGCCAUAUAAGAGUGCUGCCUUUCAGUGCCCAUCAGUGAUGCCCAUCAAUGCCCAUCAGUGCCACCUACCACUGCCUCCUCAUCAGUGCCAAUCAGUGCCACCCAUCAGUGUCCAUCAGUGCAGCCUAUCAGUGCCCAUCAGUGCAGCCUCAUUAGCGCACAUCAGUAA